GGGGAGGGGGGCUGUAAGCCUGUAACAGUUAGUGUGUGGUAAGUUGGACAAAAUGUCCCCAACCACCAACGUAGUGGUUCUAGACAACGGCGGCGGCCUCAUUAAAGCCGGCCUCGGCGGCGAACGCGACCCCUCCGCCAUUCUCCCUAACUGCCUCUACCGCUCCCCCGCCUCUAAAAAAUGGCUCCACCCAAAUCCCCUCAACCACGCCACCACCACCGAACAAGACCUCACCUCUGCCUCCGUCCGCCGCCCCAUGGACAGAGGUUACCUAAUAAAUCCAGACCUCCAGCGCGAAAUCUGGUCCAACCUAUUUUCCUCGAUCCUCCGUAUAAACCCUUCACACUCCUCCCUCCUCGUCACGGAACCCCUCUUCACUCUGCCCUCCAUCCAACGCUCAAUGGACGAGCUCGUCUUCGAAGAUUUCAACUUCAGGUCACUCUACGUUGCCGACUCACCCUCCCUCGUUCACCUCUACGAGGCCAGCCGCAGGCCCAAUGGGCUCGUCUCCAGGGCCCAGUGCAGCCUCGUCGUGGACUGUGGCUUCUCCUUCACGCACGCUUCCCCUGUGUUCCAGAACUUCACCCUAAACUACGGCGUUAAGAGGAUCGAUUUGGGUGGGAAAGCCCUCACCAAUUACCUGAAGGAACUUGUCUCCUUUCGCGCUGUUAAUGUCAUGGAAGAAACAUUCAUCAUCGAUGAUGUCAAGGAAAAGCUUUGCUUCGUUUCCCUCGACGUCCCUCGCGACCUCCACAUCGCCAGGAAGAGUGGAAAAGAGAAUCUCUUCAGGAGCACAUAUGUGCUACCUGAUGGUGUUACAUACACGAAGGGGUUUGUUAAAUAUCCAGAGAAAGCGUGCCAAUAUCUUGCUUUGAGGGAUGGUGGUUUUCCUCCUCCUUCUAUUCCACCUUUGGAAACUAGGAGGGAUAUGAAUUGCAACGAAAUUGUUGAGCAGCCUGAGGAGGACAGAAAGAGAGUUGAUUUGACAAAAAAUGAAUUCGACUUGACAAACGAACGGUUUCUUGUCCCGGAGAUGAUCUUCCGUCCUGCUGAUUUGGGAAUGAACCAGGCUGGGCUAGCAGAGUGCAUUGUACGAGCUGUUAAUUCCUGCCACCCACAUCUCCACCCUGUGCUCUAUGAAAGCAUCAUUUUAACUGGUGGAAGCACCUUAUUUCCUCAGUUUGCUGAGAGACUAGAGAAGGAGCUUCGGCCUCUAGUUCCUGAUGACUAUCAUGUGAAGAUAACUACUCAAGAGGACCCCAUACUGGGUGUUUGGCGAGGAGGAUCGCUGUUGGCAUCGAGUCCAGAUUUUGAAGCAAUGUGCGUGACCAAGUCUGAGUAUGAGGAGCUUGGUUCUGCUAGAUGUCGCAAGAGAUUCUUUCAUUAACUAAUGCAUGCAAUCAACAUGGCUAUGCUAAUCUUGUAAGUAAGUAUAUUAUGUACUAUUUAUUUAUUGAGAUUCAUAAAGAUGUCUUUCUUUUAUUAUUCUGUAUCAUUUCCUAUAAGACAGUGAACUGCCAUUGUAACGUGUGCAAAUGGAGAAUAGUGACUAAAGCCACUGUAAAUUACUGCAUGGUUCAGCCAAUGUUUUGUCCUGUUAUCUUUCCAAUGGAAUCUUGCUUGGGACCAAGGUGUGAAUUCUGGAUGAUCAUCUUCUCUAGAAAGGGUUUAUUUGAGAAGCCAAAUAUUUAGUCUGCAGUUUUCAAGUGAGCAUGAUACAGGCAGACCGGUGUUUUGGAUCAGGGUCCAUAGGAUGGUGACUUCCCUUUCAUUUACAACGAGUUAAAGUGUCACCUAAUGUGGUCUUUGCAAAGAUUUUGCCACUGGCAUAUAAUAUAAUGCCCGUUUUUUUUUUUUUUUUUUUUACUUUAACAACUUAAAUGUAACUUUUAACUUUAAAAAAAUGUGCC